AGUAAUCUAGUAUUUUUCUCAGUAUUGCUCUAGUUUUUUCAUUUUUGCUCUAGAUUAGCCAUAAAUCCCAUUAAAAAAAAAAAAAAAAAAAAAAAAACUUCCCCAUUUCCCUCUUUUACGAGCGACACCGGAGAAAGAGAAAGACAGAGAAACGAAGGGUACGAUGGAUUCUCCCACAAAUUCUCAACAAACUGUGUCUGAUGAUGAAGAAAUAGACUACUCAGUGAAACCGGAGUUCUAUGAUCCUGAACUUGAUGAUAAAGAUGAGUUAUGGGCCCACAAGAAGAGGAAAGGCCGUACUUCUGAUGCUGUUCUCAGCUGCCCAGCUUGUUUCACCACUCUCUCUCUCGACUGUCAAAGGCAUGAAAAAUAUUUGACCCAGUACAGGGCAGUUUUUGUCGUUAAUUGCAAGGUCGGACGAGAACGGAUGUUGCAGCAGAGCAUCCCGAAAACGAAACGGAUAAAAAGGCAAAGGGACUCGGAGGAGAGUGAAGUAAAUCCUGCUGUUGGUGAAACAUUCAAACAAGUUCUCUGCCAAGUGUGCUCGACAGAGGUUGGUGUAAUGGACCAAGAAGAAGUCUACCAUUUCUUUAAUGUACUUCCAAGUGAGUCUUGACCCGCUUACUUUCAUCGACCUUGCAUUGCUUUGAUUCUGUACUUGCAGCACUUUCAUGUAGAACAUGAAAUCUGAUCAUAUGUCGAACAUAAAAGUAUUUACACAAAAUGAUCAUUUUUAAA